AAAAACUUUAUAAGUGAUUUCAUUUUCAUUUUUUGAAAAACUUUAGCAUAAGAAAAUAUAAUGUUAUAACUAUAGUCAUAGUUAUUUUUAUUUUGCAACAGAAACUUUGUGUAUAAGCUGUGGCCGUUUUAACUAAAAGCUAAAUUUUGCCAUUUUCAACUUUCUCCAACAUUCAUCAAUCAGGGAGAGGUUAUUCAUGGCAACUGCAACCAUGGCUACUGCAGCCGGUGCAGCUGCUCUUUUGUACUAUACGUUGAAUAAGAAAUUGCAGUCUCAAAGCGCAAUUGAUGAUGAUGAGGAUAGUGGUAGUGAUGCGCCGACGGAUGGGCGGUUCCGUGUUACUCAUAGGUUAAUUGAAGCACCUGCUACAUGGUUGGAAACAAUUUCGACGUUGUCUGAGACUCUCAGGUUUACGUAUUCGGAGACACUUGGAAAAUGGCCUAUUGGGGAUUUAGCUUUUGGUAUCAGCUUUCUUCUCAAGAGACAGGGGAACUAUCUUGUUGACAGUGUAUUUGGUGGUACGGACAGUGUACAGCUGAAAGGACCCGAGAUUACUGCUGAACUUAAGCAUCUCUUAAACUUGCUGACUCUGUGUUGGCAUUUUUCAAAGAAGUCAUUUCCCUCAUUUCUAGAAGAAACUGGUUACACUGAUGAGAAUGUUCUUCUUCGGGAAGCGAAAGCCGGAAUUUUGAAACCAGCUUUUACAAUCAUAGUUGAUCACAAGACGAGGCGUCUUUUAUUGUUGAUUCGUGGCACUCAUAGUAUCAAGGAUACUCUAACAGCUGUUACAGGAACUGUAGUACCAUUUCAUCACACUGUAGUUCAUCAGGGCGGUGUUAGUGAUUUGGUUUUAGGAUAUGCACAUUGUGGAAUGGUUGCAGCUGCACGUUGGAUUGCAAAGCUUGCAACUCCUUGUCUCCUUGAUGCACUUGGCCAAUACCCAGACUAUGAAGUUAAGAUUGUAGGACACUCUUUGGGUGGAGGCACAGCAGCAAUUUUAACAUAUGUAUUAAGAGAGCAAAAGGAACUGUCUGUGGCUACAUGUGUUGCAUUUGCUCCAGCUGCUUGUAUGACAUGGGAAUUGGCAGAGUCAGGCACUAGUUUUAUUACUUCUAUUAUCAAUGGAGCUGAUUUGGUACCUACAUUCUCAGCUGCAUCCGUAGACGACUUGCGUACUGAGGUGACAGCAUCAGCAUGGAUAAAUGACUUGAGGAAUCAAAUCGAGCAAACAAGAAUACUCAGUACUGUAUAUCGUUCUGCCUCAGCACUGGGUUCUCGCCUCCCAUCUAUUGCCAGUGCAAGAGCAAAAGUUGCUGGCGCUGGGGCUAUGUUGCAGCCAGUUUCUAAUGGUACCCAGGUUGUGAUGAAAAGGGCCAAGAGUAUGGCUCAGGCAGCAUGGACACGUCCAAAUCUUAACCUGACCUCUUGGUCAUGCAUGGGACCCCGUCGCAGAGCCACAGCUUCUCAUUCAAACUUCAAAGAAGAAGGUUCCCCUACAUCUUCAGGCUCUGACAAUGCAGAAUGUUCUGAUUCACUUUGUUCGCCCAAGAAGGGAAUAAAUGCCAAGAGCAUGAACCUUCCUGUAUCUUCAUCUGUAGACGAGUGGUCAACUGAAAUUGAAUGUGCAAAUGAAAGUAUUGCAGACGACGAGGUGGAUGAUGAUCUUCGUCUCAAUGAGAACAUGAUGGACCACAGAUAUCAGGAUCAGAUGAGUGAAGUGGAGUUGUGGCAACAACUAGAGCAUGAGCUAUAUGACAGACCUGAAGGCGAGGAGGCUGAAGUGGCUAAAGAGAUAAGGGAAGAAGAGGAAGCUGCCAUAACCGAGGUAGUAGGGCAAACGCAAAGCAGCUCUGCAUCAGAAAUGAAAGAAAUUCACAGAUUUUUUCCUCCAGGAAAGAUAAUGCACAUUGUUACGCUCCACUCCGAUUCUACCGAGCUUGAAAGCGAUGGCAGCCUAACCUCUUCUACAAGUUCCGACGAUAGCCAGCUAAUUGAUACAAAGAUUGGAAUUUUCCUAACUUCAAGGUCUCUAUAUAGUAAGCUCAGACUUUCGCAGACCAUGAUCAGUGAUCACUUCAUGCCAAUAUACAGAAAGCAGAUUGAAAAGCUAAUUAAAGAACUUGAGGAAGAAUCUAUUGAGGAUCAUAUAACACAAGAAGUAAUGUUAUAGUCAAAGGCAUGGUCAGAGUUAGGUUUGUUUGUUUGUACCAUACUACAUGUCAUUGGGAGUUUUUUGUCCCAUUGAUCGUGCGGAACUAAGUCUUAUAGGAACAGCAGUUUUUGUGUUGUGCUGCAGUGAGGAACUGAAUUGGUGGUGAUUUCUGCUGCCUAAUAUACUGAUGGUCGUCACUCUUAUACUCAUCCCCGAAUGCUUUUAAUAUUUUAAUAUCGAUGUUGGUCGGGGACAGGUAAUAACUGUAAAUGGUUCCCCGAAUCAAAGUUGUUUGUAAAUAAUAAAAAAUGAGGAUGUAAUAAACUGAGCAGUAAAAGGCUAAAAAAAGUGAUAUCUAAAUGAAAUGAUUUGGCUUUGUCAGUCGAAAA